GGAGGGGGCACACGUCUCCGGCUCCGCCCGGCUCUUUCCCGGCCGUCUUUCCGCAUCCUGUUUACCUGCGGGGGGGAGGAGGGGGGAGAGAGAGACUCACUUCAUCGCAACUUCGCUCUUUCACUUUCUCAUCGGGACAUUGUCUUUGUCCAUUAUGUCCCGCCGCUCGCCUCGCAGCGCCCUCCUCGGUGGUCUGUGCGUGCUGCUGGCCGCCGCGUUGCUCUCCGUGUCGGGGGAGAAAGACUCCGAGAGUCGCUACGGUUCCGUCCGGGAGGCCGUGGCUGAGCUGGCCGGGGAGGGGAGGACCUACCUGGGCAGGCUGGCCGGGGAGCAGACGGUGCGGUCGGUGCAUAAGGCCUUCUCCCAGGUGCUCGCCGCCGUGGCAGGAGGCCUGUCCGCCGGCCUCAACGUGCUCUGCCUCAACGCGUCCCGCUUGCUGCAGGCUGCCGGAGUCCACGCCACCCUUCCCAUCAGCGAGGCGACCCCAGACGGGGUGGUCUUCGUCGCCCAGUGGCUCCUGGUGACUUUCAUUGGCUACUGGCUGAUCUCCCUCGUCUUCAGAUGCGUUGCCUCCGCUCUGAGGCGGGCGCUGUGGCUGCUCAAAGUGGGCGUGGCCGUGGUCUGCUUCGGGUUCAUCCUGAGCGACCGCAGCGCGGGCAGUGACGCCAUGGCGGUGCGGCUGGCCGUGCUGGUGUGUGUCUGCGUGCUGCUGGGCGUCGGCACCCUGGGGAGCCCCGACGUCGCCGGGCAGACGGCUCGGCUGGAGAAACAGGUGAAGGUGCUGGAGACGCGCCUGAGGGAGAUGGAGAGGCGUAGGAGGACACAGGAGUGAUGGAGGGACAGGGGAAUUCUAGUGUUCCUCUUCCGUCCUGACGCCACCUUGAGGGCUUCUAGAACUUCAAUUCCGAAAUAUUUGUACGUUUUUAGAUUUUCUAUAACUUUUUUGAAAAGUAUUCCAUGACUCGUGAUUUAUUACUGACAAUAAGAUUACUUAAGAGUUCCUCAGAAUGUGACACGUGUGACGGAAAAGCUCUCGCGUCCAACGUUCUGAUCUGAAAAAUAUUUUUCUUUGCUUUAUUUCUGAAAGUUAGACGAUAAGAUUGAUUCAACGCUCUCGCAUGUUCAUGGUAUCAAUGUUCUCAUCUCACACAUUAUCUAACACGUUAUCUUUGCUCCCUGUUGGUCAGCUUCUCCUCAGACACCAAGCACAACAGUCUGUAAAGGUAAAUACAAAAGAAAGAUACCUUUUGCCUCAAAUUCACCGUUUUGUCUUUUGACCACCAGUCAAACUAAAUGUCUUUCACGGCACAGUACCGGUACUUAAAAAAUAACUUGAAUCUAGUAGUAAAUGGUAGGAUUGGUUGGUAUAUUGUAGGGAAGGGAAGGGUAGUACUACAUGGUAGGGUAGUAUAUGGUAGAAAAGGAGGGUAUGGAAGGGUAGUUUCUAGUAGACAGGCAUAGUAUUUAAUAGGAUAGGGUAGGACGUCCCGACGGCUUUACUUCCAUAAUCCUUUGAAUCCAUUUGGAGGAAACCACUUUAGAUAACUUACUUAAGUACAUUUGUAACCAGAGCUGUUGUGCUGAUGGGUUUUUUCCUGUAUUUUUCCUCAGUGUGCCUUUUGGAUUCAGUUUAUUUUCCACAUACUCCACCAUCACCAUCUAACGUGUGAAAAUAUUUUUAUUUUAGAGGAAUACAAAGUAUGAAUUAGACUUAUCACAUUUCCAGGUUGCGCAAACAUUUCAAACUGCUGCAGUUCAAAACACGCUAGAUCCUAGAAACAUGCUGAAUAUUCCAACUGUUGGUAAACGGUAUUUCUGCUGGUCUGUGAUUUAUCUUCUAGAAAAAAGCUGUGCUUCGCUUCAGAUAACUGAAGUUUGGAGUACAAACUCCAUUCCGAAAAGAUUUUAAUCUUUCCAAAGGCCCUGGAACAGAGCAUGUGUGACGAAAACGAAUAAAGCUUCACCGAGAACCCGACUGACCUCCAGGUUGAUGAGACUAAAGAAAUGAAAAAUGUCCAGUUCAUUUCAGAUAUAGAGCCUCCGUUUUCUUUUCACUUGUGGCCACUUUUAACAAUGUUGUGCAUAUAAAUUCCACUGUUUGGCAAUUUAUUAAAAAGAAAUUAUCAAAGAA